AAUCAUUCAGAUCAAACAGUGAAACACAAACCUACCAAAAAAAAAAAUCUUCUCACCCUGUAACAAAGCAUCAAGAAGAUGAUGCAAUCAGAGCUUCUUCACAAUUGUUGGUCUUCAAUUUACCAUCAAACUGAAUUUUGUGGCAUCCAAAUUGAUCCUUAUGAAAAUCAAAAGCAUAGUCUUUCUUAUUCUUCACUCAACUCAAAGAAUCAAGAUUCCUUUUCAGAUUUCACAUCCCUUUUCCCUGAUGAUGUUCUUACUGAUUUUCCCAUGGAUGAUUUGGAGUUUGAUGAUGUAUGCAGAUGGUUAAAUGAUAGUGAAAGUGAAGGAAAUGGAAAUAUGAACAUCUCUUGUAAGAUGCAAAAAGAUGGAGAUUUAUGGAGUCCUGCACUUUCAGGAGUAUCCAGUGAGCCCUCAAUUGCAAUACCAUCAACAAAUAGUGCUAUAUAUAAUUCUAUUUCACUUGUAAUUCCAGGAAAUAGUAGAGAAAUGGAUACCGAAAUGCGCCUUCAUCAUUUAUUAGCAGCUUAUGGAGAGGCCAUGGAAAAUGAUCACAAAGAACUAGCAGAAGUGAUCAUAAGAAGCAUAAAGGGGAAAAUAAAUCCUUUAGGCGAAUCACUGGAACGCAUUGCUUCCAAUUUGUUCCAGCAAAUGAAGGAUCAAGGACAUUACUUGAAACAAGAAUCAAGCAAGAUUUUUGAAGCAGCAUUCAAGGCCUUCUACCAAAUUUUCCCAUUAGGGAAAUUUGCUCAUUUUGCUGCUAACUCAGCAAUUAUAGAAGCUAUGCCAAAUGAUGCAGAAACCAUUCAUAUAAUAGAUUUUGACAUGGGAGAAGGGAUUCAAUGGCCUCGGAUUAUCGAAGCCAUAGGACAAAAAAGAAAGGCUUUGAGAUUCACAUCCAUAAAGAAAACAGAAGAAGAAUCAGCCAGUGAUCAGUGGAGAUUUGAGGAAACACAAAGAAGACUUCUUGAUUAUGCAAAGCCUUUUUUCGGUCCAAGAUUACAAAUUGAUGAAAUGACAAUUGAAGAAUUGGCAAGUGAAAUGAGGAGAAUCAAGAAAAUAGGUAAAGGGAGUAAAUGGUUGGUUUUUAACUGUAUGUUUAAAAUCCCACACAUGGGGAAAAGAAGAAGUAGAAUCCAAGCCUUGGAGUUUCUAAAACUAGCAAAAGAAUUGUUAUCAACUCACAAAGGACUUGUCACUUUUGGUGAUGGAGAAGCAAUGGACAAUAGUCUCAAUACUAAUACUUUUUCUGCAUUCUUCAACAAGAAUUUGAUAUAUUACCAAUCGAUUUUCGAGUCAUUGGAGUUGUAUUUUCCAGCUCAUCUUGCAGAAGCAAGACUCGCCGUGGAAUCCCUUUUUCUAGCACCUCAAGUUUGUUCAUUUUCUUGGUUACAGAACUGGGAAGAGAUGAUAAGUGUUUGUGAUUCUUUUGGAGAAAUUGGGUUGCAAGGCAAGAGAAUAAGCAAAGAAAAUUUAUUACAAGCCAAAGAAUUGGUAAAUGAAAGAGCAACUCCAUUAAAGGUGAGGAUUGAAGAACAAAGACAACAUGAGAUGGUUUUGGAAUGGAAAGGGACACCAUUGGUGAGAGUAUCAACUUGGAUGCAAUAGCUGAAAACAACAUAGAGACACCUCUACAACUUUUUUCUCACUGUCAUUUUAUUUUCCAUUAUUUUACCUGUGUUUUUCCUAUGAAGUCCAAAAGUGUAUAGGUUAAGAGGCAAUACUAAUAUUAGCCUGUCAGUGUAUUUACAUUGUUUAUAUUUGUUAAAAAAGCAGAGAUGUAAAUGACAAUUAUAUACCGUUGAGUACUGGACAA